AUGUCAAGACUAAUCAAAGCAGCAAUUUUCUCAAAAUCCAAGGGGACUCCUUUUAUUAAGGAAAUACAAUUGCAAGCCACUAAAGACGAUGAAGUUGUUGUAAAGGUCGUGGCGACUGGAUAUCAUCAUUUAGUCAGGGGAAGAGCAUCAGGUAGUCAUUAUUCUGCUCUGGAUGGCAAUGGAGAUCAAAUUGUAGGGGUUGAUGGAGUCGGAUUUGUUGAAGGAACAAAUGAUUUAGUCUACUUUACUGUUUUCGCACCAGGACUCGGUUCUUAUGCUCAAUAUGUUAAUGUCAAGAAAAGCAACAUAUUCCAUUUUCCAAGUAAUUAUAAGUCUGAGGAUGCAAUAGCAAGGGUUGCGGCUUUAGCUAAUGGAGUAAUGUCGUCGUACUUUGCUCUUGGUCCAAGGCUUCCAACAUUGGCUACGAAUCCAACUAUUGCCAUAUUGGGUGUUACUGGAACAUCGGGUCAGUUGGCAAUUCAAGUCAGUAAAAAAAUAUUCCAAGCGCAAAAGGUUAUAGGUAUUGCAAGAUCGGCUGAAAAUUUGAAGGAAUUGCAACAGGGCCAGCCAUUAUUGGAUGAAAUUGUGUCUCUUGAAGAAGAAGACCAAGAUAUUAUCAAGAGCGGUAAGUUGGAUGGAGUUGACGUUGUUUUGGACUAUGUAUGGGGCGAGCCUGCAUUAAGAUUAAUGGGAGAUUUCAUCAAAUCUAGGACUGAUAAAACUAAAGCCUUAAAGUGGAUCCAAAUUGGCCAAAUGUCCGGUUCUGAUGUUCCAAUACCUGCAGCCUAUUUAAGAAGUGCAAAUUUUACAAUUUUAGGGAGCGGGCUUGGACCACUAACUGCGUCUGAAAUGGCUGAUGUGUUUAAAAAAAUUGUUGUCGCUUUAGCAGAAGGAACUCUUAAUUCUAAAGUAGAAGCGGUGCCUAUUGAAGAUGUUGAAGCAGAAUGGGCAAGACCCUUUUCCAAGACCAUCAGAAAGUACUUCGCGUUCACUAAUUGA